CUACUAGUUUUACAACGUGGAAACAUGUUAAUAGCAAAUAUUUUGAGCCAAAAAAAACAAACAAACAACACAAGUCCAUAAUCCUAUCCACUGGCUUUGCAUUCGUCGCAUCCAAAAUAUGCGGUUAAACUUAUAUUAUCAGAAAAUUCUGAAUUAUUGAGUCGUAUUAAUAUUGUUAGUCUUAAUUGCAUUAUUUCCGAUAGUUCCCGAAGGCAGCACGAUUACAUUACGGCCCUUCUUUCGUUGCGUCAUUUUGAACAUGGCGGCGCCCCAUGCCGUGGUCGAAGUGGAGGGAGGCAGCAGUGAAACAGGGCUGCUUCUGUCAGAUUCAACCACCGGAGAUGUGAAGAGACCUCAGUUUGGGACACGUUUUCUCACAGACCCGCGGCAGGUCUUCCAACACAACGCAUGGGACAAUGUGGAGUGGACUGAGGAACAAGAAGCAUCUGCUAAGAAGAAAGUCUUGGAAAACAGUCAGCCACUGCCUUCAGAGAAACAAGAGGAAUUCGACAGCCGGGCAAAUGAGUACUGGAAUGAUUUUUACACAAUUCAUGAGAAUCGUUUCUUCAAGGACCGUCACUGGCUCUUCACAGAGUUCCCAGAGUUGGCCCCGCAGUGUAGCCUUAACCACGAGUCCCAUCUUGAGGUCUCUGGCACAGAUGACAGUCAGCAGGGUAGUCUGAAUCAAGAACAAAGAACAGAAGUUGCAGCUAUGUCUCACACAGAUGGCGGCAUCCCUGGCUUCUCUGCCACAUAUCGCAUUCUGGAGGUUGGCUGCGGUGUAGGCAAUACAGUUUUUCCAAUACUGAAGACCAACAAUGAUCCGGGACUCUUUGUUUACUGCUGCGAUUUCUCCAGCACUGCUGUGGAGUUAGUCAAGACUAAUCCAGAGUACGACCCUGGGCGCUGCUUCGCCUUUGUUCAUGAUUUGAGUGAUGUGGAAGCCAAUUACCCCGUCCCCGAUGGAACCCUUGAUGUUAUAGUGCUAAUCUUUGUGUUAUCAGCGUUGCAUCCCAACAAGAUGCAGGCAUCCAUCAGCAGAUUAGCGCGGCUGCUGAAGCCUGGGGGAGUGAUGCUGCUUAGGGACUAUGGGCGCUAUGAUAUGGCACAGCUUCGCUUCAAGAAAGGAAGGUGUCUGUCAGAAAACUUCUAUGUCCGAGGGGAUGGAACAAGAGUAUACUUCUUUACUCAAGAUGAGCUCCAUGAGGUGUUCACUGAGGCAGGGCUUGAGAAAGUACAGAACCUUGUGGACAGACGGCUACAGGUGAAUAGAGGCAAACAGCUAACUAUGUACAGGGUGUGGAUCCAGUGCAAGUACCGCAAGGCUCUAGUUCAGCCACCUGAGACGCAGGGCUGAGACAGAGGAGAGAAAUCUGCCUGGCUUGACCUUCUACCAACUGAAACUAGGAGCUCAUAUCAGGCUGUGCUGGCUUCUUUUCUGAGGAUGUAUGGAAUUGAGAAGCCCUGUGAUUGUGAUCAAGGGGAGGCAACUGGAUAGCCUUAGACUAUCUCACCUGCCAUAAUGUUGAUGGACUCGUUUUACGGCUAGUGUUCUUGAUAGUGCUGUAAUUUUAUCUAUGAGUGAUGAUUUCUAAUUUUUUGCUGACAAGUUCAGUAAUCUGAGAAAGGGCUGGUUACACCUGUAUGUUUCUAUUCUGCCAGAUGACGUUUUUUAACAAGCUGAUGUUUUAAAAUAAAUUGCCUGAUUUUUAAGACAACUCUGUGAUUUUUUUUUUUUUUUUUUUUGUACAUGCAAAGUGAAUAAAAAUCCAAUCUGUUAAGUGUUUAGGUAUUUUCCCAAGGUUCAAAAGUGCUUUAAUAAAUUAAUCACGUACUUAA